AUGGCGUUCCGUGAAGAGAAGGAUACGUUUGGACCGAUUCAGGUCCCUGCCGACAAAUACUGGGGAGCGCAGACUCAGCGAUCCCUUCAGAACUUUGAGAUUGGAGGAGAGAGGGAGAGGAUGCCAGAUCAGAUUGUGAAAGCAUUCGGAAUUCUCAAGAAAGCCUGCGCACAGGUCAAUCUCGGCUACGGUUUGGAUCCGAAGAUUGGAAAUGCGAUCAUUCAGGCCUCGCAGGAGGUCGCAGACGGGAAGCUUAUGGACCAGUUUCCCCUCGUCAUCUGGCAGACUGGUAGCGGAACUCAGUCCAACAUGAACGCCAAUGAGGUCAUUGCCAACCGUGCUGCUGAGAUUUUGGGAUCCAAGCUUGGUGACAAGGGCAUUGUUCAUCCCAACGACCACGUGAACAUGAGCCAGUCCUCCAAUGACACCUUCCCCACCGUGAUGCACAUCGCUGCUGUUGUGGAGGCGCACUCGAAUCUAAUUCCGCACCUUCAGUCCCUCUACGAUUCCGUUGCAGAGAAGGCUGAGGAAUUCAAGGACAUUGUCAAGAUUGGCCGCACUCACACUCAGGACGCAACGCCGCUGACCCUUGGUCAAGAAUUCAGUGGCUACGCCACGCAGAUCAAGUAUGGCAUUCGGCGUAUUGAGGACACACUCCCGCGCCUUUACCAACUCGCACAAGGAGGAACGGCGGUCGGCACUGGUCUCAACACGAAGUUGGGGUUUGACGUGAAGGUUGCUGCGGCUGUUGCUGAGGACACGAAGCUGCCAUUCAUCACUGCCGAAAACAAAUUUGAAGCACUGGCCGCUCAUGAUGCGCUUGUGGAGGCAAGCGGGGCGCUUAACACAGUGGCCGUGUCACUCAUGAAGAUUGCUAACGACAUUCGCUUCCUUGGCAGUGGCCCUCGGUGUGGUUUGGGCGAGCUUUUCCUGCCUGAGAAUGAACCAGGCAGCAGCAUCAUGCCUGGCAAGGUCAACCCAACACAGUGUGAGGCGCUCACAAUGGUCUGCGCUCAGGUGAUGGGUAAUCAUGUUGCUGUUUCGAUCGGAGGUUCGAAUGGUCACUUUGAGCUCAACGUCUUUAAGCCCCUUAUGGCUGCUAAUCUGCUUCAGUCUAUGCGCCUCCUAGGUGAUGCUGCUCUUUCCUUCAAGAAGAACUGUGUUGUUGGCAUUGUGGCAAACCGAGCUCGUAUCUCUGACAUCAUGAAGCAGUCGCUCAUGCUUGUUACAGCAUUGAACCCGCACAUUGGAUAUGACAAGGCAGCCGCUGUUGCCAAGAAGGCUCACAAGGAAGGAACUACUUUGAAGGAAGCCGCCAUUGCAUUGGGAGUCAUUACUUCUGAGAAGUUUGAUGAAGUGGUCGUCCCGGAGAAGAUGCUUGUUCCUGCGGCGCCGCCAGCGCCGACGGAGGAGGAGCGGCUAUGGGGUCUGGUGCGCGCCAACUCGGGGGACUUCGAGUCGUGGGUCGCGCUCAUUCAGGAAAGCGAGAAAUCGGACAAGCUCGAGAACCUGCGCUCAGUGUACGACACGUUUCUGGCGGAGUUUCCGCUGUGCUUCGGGUACUGGAAGAAGUACGCGGACCACGAGCAGCGCCACGCCAACAAGGAGCGCGUGCUGGAGGUCUUCGAGCGCGCCGUCGCCGCCGUGCCGUACAGCGUCGACAUCUGGCUGCACUACGUCAACCACCUCACCGCCACCGUCGAGGAUCCCGAGGAGAUCCGCAGGCUGUUUGAGCGCGCGCUGGUGUACGUGGGGACGGACUACCUGUCGCACACGGUGUGGCAGAAGUACCUGGACUACGAGGGCGCGCGCUCCGAGUGGAGCAAGGUCGCCGCCAUCUACACGCGCAUGCUGCAGGUGCCGCUGCAGCAGCUCGACCACUACUACCACGCCUUCCGCCACUUUGCAACAACGCACACACUGGACGAGAUUCGCACGCCCGAGGAGUCCGCAGCAGCCGCAGCAGAAGUGGCGGCUGCUGCUGCCGCCGCCCUCAAGGUGCAGACGGCUGUUCCCGCCCAGCCCGCAGGGGAGGACGGGACCGCUGCUCCAGGCGCGGAGGAGGCGAAAGAGGGAGAGGGCGAGGCUAAGACAGCAGAAGGUGACGCUGCUGCUGCUGGUGAUGGUGCUGCUGCGGGUGCUGAUGCUGCGCCAGGAGCAGAGGCCACCAUGGCCGAUGCUGCUGCUCCUGGCGACGCUGCCACCCCCGCUGCCACUCCCGCUGCCGCUCCUGCCGCGGUCCCCACCCCCGCCCCGCCGCCUGCCUCCGCGCCCGCGCCAGUGCCAAUGGCGAAAACAGAGGAGCAGCAGCUAGCGGAGUACCUGGCGCUGAGGGACGUGAUGUACCAGAGCAGCAAGCGGCGGGAUGGGGAGAUAAGGGAGUUUGAGGUGGUGAUCAAGCGCCCGUACUUCCAUGUGAAGCCGCUGGACGAGGCGCAGCUGAACAACUGGCACCGGUACCUGGACUUCACUGAGAAGGAGGGCAACAUUGCACGGACGAUCAACAUCUAUGAGCGCUGUGUGGUGCCGUGUGCCAACUACCCCGAGUACUGGGUGCGCUAUGUGGAGUGCAUGGACGCUAAUAACGAGGACGAGAGGGCCAAGGACGCGCUACUCAGAGCCACUGCCGUGUUCGUUAAGCGCCGCCCGGAGAUCCACCUGUUUGCCGCCCGGUACAAGGAGCAGCAUGGGGACGUGGAGGGUGCCACAUCAGCGCUGGACACGGCUGCAUCGCUGGCAGCGGGCCUGCUGGAGCUGACGGUGCAGAAGGCCAACCUGGAGAGACGACAGGCUGGUGUAGCGGCAGGGGCAGCAGUGCUGGAGGCAGCAGCGCAGGCGGAGAAGGAGAAAGAGGGGUCCAAGAUCCUGCCCUAUCUGCACCUGCAGCACGCCCGCUACUUGCUCACUGUGGGUGGAGAGGAGGACAAGGCUCGCGAGGCAUUCAAGGCAGCGAUCGAUGCUGCACCGGACAACAAGACCAUCUGGCAGGCGGCCAUAUCCUUUGAGGCGUCGCUGCCGGGUGCAUCGCCGUCGGUGCGCAUGGGGCGAGUGGAAGCUCUGGUGGCAGAUGCACUGGGCAGAGUCAAGGCCGAUAGCACACCACUGCUCUCCGCUGCUGACCGCGAAGACAUCUCCACGAUCGCCGUGGAGCUAGCGGAUCUCUUUGGGGACACAGCAGCAGUGAAGCAAGCAGCAGCGCGCCACCGCUCCCUCUUCCCCUUCAAGCGCCCCACCGCCGCCGCCACCACCGCCGCUGCCGACUCGCGCAAGCGCACCCACCCAGACGGCACCUCCUACCCUGACCGGGCCGGAGGGUACAAGCACCACCGCGCCUCUGCUCCCUCCUCCAACUACUAUGGUGCUGCGGGCGCUGGUGGUUACGGUGGAGCGGCGGGAGGGGGGUAUGGGGGGUACGGGGGGCAGAGGCAGCAGGGCGCGUGGCAGCAACCGGCAGCAGCUGCUGCUGCUGCAACGCCGGCGUCGCCUGCUGCUGCUGCUGCGGCGCCGGCUGCGGCUUCUUCGCCUGCCCAGCAGGGGCAAUGGGGGGCGUAUGGGCAACAGGUGAGAGGUUUUGCACAGGGGAAGUGGUUGGGUGAUUGGAGGGGAGUGGAGGGAUGA